CACAAUAUCACACCAACCACGGCCUACCCCCCCCCCCUCUAAAACCACCCACCAAACUACCCAACUCAAAUCCAACCCAAAAUGCCACCUACCCCCCCAACCCCCUCGCACUUCCCCCCGCACCUAACCCUAACCAUCACGCCCCCCUCCACCAGCACCUCCCCCAACACAUCCCCCAACAUCCUCCUCCUCCUCCACGGCCUCGGCGACACAAGCCAAAACCUCACAACCUUAGCCCGCGCCCUCAACCUCCCCGAAACCACCGUUCUAACACUCCAAGCCCCCACCCCACUCCCCUUCGACCUGGGCGGCUUCCACUGGGGCGACGACAUCACAUUCAGCCCUGCAGGGGACCUGGACAUGGACGCCGGAUUCACCCGCUCCACGAAUACCAUAAUCAACGAGGUGAUUGUCGACACAUUGUUGAAGAAGUGCGGGUACCGGGGUAGGGAUAUUGUGGUGUUUGGGAUCGGGCAGGGCGGGAUGGUGGGGUUGGAGGUUGCUAGGCAUUUCAAAAACUCCUCCCCUCAGAGGGAAGGAAAGGUGGACGAGGAGGAGCUGGGAGGUGUGGUGUCAAUUGGGGCGCCGGUGGGGUUAUCUGGAAAGGCACCUGCGUCUGGCAGUGGGAAGAGUAGGACGCCAGUGUUGAUUGUUGCCGGAAAGGAAGAUGGAGGGGAGAGGAGUACGGCGGUUACUGCGGCGGGGGUGAGGAGGACGAAGGAGUGGUUUGAGUUUGUGGAGGUGAGUAGGUAUAAGAGGCGUGGGGAUGGGAUGCCGAGGAAUGCGGAGGAGAUGAGGCCCGUGAUGGAGUUUUUGGCCAGGAGGUUGAGGAGUUAUAAGGGGGUGCCGGAGGGGAGUAUUGAACUUAGUUGAAUGAUUAGGUGAAUACGGGGUGGAAGAUGGGUUGUAUAGAUGUGGAAGGUGGAUGAUGAGUCUAUUGUACAUGACAUGCUUAAACUAGAUACCUAUCUGCUGGCUACUGGACCUCCUUCAGAGCUGUGCGUGCGCGCUCGAUCGUCUCUCUGGCGUCCUUCUCCGCCGUCACUUCUUCGACUUGUCGGCCACCCUCGCGGGCGGUCUCGCGCAGCUGCGUCUCUGUUUCCAGCAGCGCGGUGCGGCCGUCCUCGCGU